CAACACUGUUGUCAAUGUCACUUUUCAACUACACCGGAGACAGAUCCAUGACAUUUCUUCCCUGCCAUUUCCUUUUCAUUAGGUUUGUUUUGGUGUUUCUAGCUGAACAGCACCGAUCAUGAAGUUCAAUAAACUGGUAUCCGCGUCCAGGAGCAAAAACAGGAAGAGGCAUUUUUCUGCCCCUUCCCACAUUAAGAGGACUCUUAUGUCUGCCCCCCUUUCCAAGGAACUUAGGCAGAAAUACAAUGUCCGUUCCAUGCCUAUCCGCAAGGACGACGAAGUCCAGGUAGUAAGAGGCCACUACAAAGGACAGCAAGUGGGCAAAGUUGUACAAGUGUACAGAAAGAAAUUUGUCAUCUACAUUGAAAGGAUACAAAGAGAAAAGGCCAAUGGAGCUAGCGUGUAUGUUGGUAUUCACCCGUCAAAGGUUGUAAUUGUUAAGCUAAAAAUGGACAAAGACAGGAAGAAAAUCAUUGACCGCAGAGCCAAAGGACGUCUGGCUGCUCUGGGCAAGGACAAAGGCAAAUACACAGAAGAAUCUGCGGCGGGGACUGUAGAAACUUCUUAAGCUGGACCACUGUCCUUAAUAAAUAAGUUUAAAAAAGA